AUGGCGGAUCAAGACCAUGACACGCUGAUCAGCAACUUCUGCGACUUGACAGGCGCCUCGGCCGACCAAGCCACAGAAUACUUGACAGCGACCAAUUGGGAUGUCAACACCGCCGCCGCCGCCUUCUACGGCGAUCUUGACGAAAACGAGCAAGGCCCCUCUUCCACCGGCGCCGCCACUGCCACCACUACCGACGCCGAGUACACCGGUCCACGAACAUUGGAUGGCCGACCGGCACCUGAGUAUGCUGGUACAUCCUCUUCGACCUCAAAGAAGCCCGUCAAGCGUCGCGGCCUCGCGACUCUGAGCUCCAUAGGCGGCGGUCGCAACCAAGAAGACGACGAUGACGACGAUGACGAGAGCGAUGACGACAAUCGCCGGGGACCCAGGGAUUUGUUCGCAGGCGGCGAGAAGUCGGGACUUGCUGUUCAAGAUCCUGCUCAGCGGUCCAGCGAUCCGAGAAAAUUGAUCAACGAUAUCGUUGCCAAAGCCAGAGCCAAUGCCACCGAGAGUAAUCCCGCAUCUUCCCCCGCUGCAGGCCCCUCAUCGAGUCGCUUCAGUGGCUCCGGUCAGACAUUGGGCGGAGAUGGCGUAGAGAGUCGCACUAUUCCUAGCUCCAGAGCUGCUGGGGCCGUUCCCGAGGGGCCUGCGCAGGAGCGGAUUCUCCAUAUCUGGCGUGACGGCUUUAGCAUUGAUGAUGGGGAGCUUCGUCGUUUUGACGACCCUCAGAACAGGAGCGACUUGGAUAUGAUCCGCAAUGGACGGGCGCCAAUCCAUCUCAUGAAUGUCCGCAUGGACCAACGGGUCGAUGUCAAGCUCCAACAACACGACGAGAACUACCGCCCUCUGCCCAAGAUCUACCGACCCUUCGGCGGUGAGGGCCGUCGAUUGGGUAGCCCUGUGCCCGGUGAGGUAACACCAACCCUCUCCCCUCCGGCCGCGACUACGACACAGCCUCAGGCCAGCCAGGCCCUGAGCACCGGAGUGGAUGAGUCGCAGCCGACCUUGAUGCUGCGCAUUCAGCUUCCCGACGGAACCCGCAUGCCAGCCCGAUUCAACCCCACGCAGACAGUCGGCGAUGUCUACAACUUCAUUGGACGCUCGUCUUCCUCGCUUUCAGCCCGUCCGUGGGUUCUCUCCACCACAUUCCCCAACAAGGACCACGAAGACAAGGGCUUGGUGUUGGGUGACAUGCCCGAGUUUAAGAAGGGUGGUGCUGCUGUCGUCAAGUGGAAAUAG